UAUAAUUGUAUGCUAGUAGAGUUAAAAAAUAUUAAAUGAAAGAGACACAUUUACAUAUAUAAUUAUAUGUGUAUGAACCUUGUUAUUUCUUUGCCAAACAGAGCCCUUCAUAAAUCUAGCAGCUAUUUUUCUAACUUUUAACGAUUUAUAGUCUAAUUCUCGGGGUAUUAUUGCCGACAUUCCUCUGUUUUUAGUCAGUGUCCGUAAAGCCAACCAAAGACACACACUGAUUCCUCGCUUAGCGUGAACAAAACACCAUUCAACGAGCUGAAAUGUUUUGCAGAAUUCCAUGCAGGACUGCGUGACUCGAAUGUAUUGACAUUACAUUCUGACACAGGGCUCAUUGAUCACGUGUCACUUCCCCUCUGUGCUACUGCUGCUGGGGUUUUGUUACUGUUGUUUUUUUUGUUUGUUUUUGUUUUUGGCUUCCUCAUUCUGCCAGAAUUAGAAAAUCACAGUCUGUCAUUCUGCUCAGGCCAAAAACAAAAGACUUUUAAAAAAAUGUUCUCCUUUUAUGAAACAAAGCCGUUGUUCAGUUCCAAACCAACAGGUUGAGCAGGUCGAUUGGCUGAUCUGUAAUCAGUUAUCAUCAUCACCAUCACUGUGUCUCCACUGUGAAACCUGACUGCUUAGUUUUCUGGUUUUUCUGCAGCUGAACCAGCGAGAUGGCUUUUUUUCUUUCACUGUUAGUGUGGACAUAUUUCUGACGUACUGUUCAACAAUAGACUUCAUCUCGAACUCUUACCUCUAUAUUUCCAUAACCUGAAUAAUGACAGACGAAAUCAAGUUUACCGGUGUGAGCCAAAAACAAAACCGGAACUAGUAUUAUUUCACUUUAAAAAUGACCAAAAACACCGAAAUGAAACCAGGAUGUAAAUAAUUGGUGGGUUAAAAAUCACACACAUUUUUCAUAAUUUAACUUUUUUUUAAUUUUUUAAUUAAAUUAUUUAAAAAAUAUUUUUAAUAAUGUAAUUAAUUAAUUAAAUUAUUCGCUUAGCUUUUUAAAAUUAUUAUUUUAUUUACAUAUAAAUCGAAAAAACAUAUUUGUCAAUUUCCGAUCAAUUUAAUUAAGAAACUACAAAAAAUACAUUAAGGUAGCUUGAAGGAAAUUAGGAAUAUCUUUAAUAUAGCUUAACAUUUAUAUUUCUUUUAUAUGCAUUUUAUUUUUUUACUUAAUAUCUGUCGUCUUUGUAAAUAAUCGUAUUAAUUCCAUAAGGUUAACUCUGAAAUAAACUACACGAUUAUCCUUGUCCUGAUUUUUUUUAAUUUCAAGUAUAGUAAACCCUACGUUUUAUUUUGAAAUUCAAAAACGAAAGUGUCAUUUCUAACUUAACUAUUAAGAGUCGAGAGAUGCUUUUAUUCCAAAACAGCGGCAGGUUUGUUGUCGUCGCUGCUGCUGCUGCUGCUGCUGCUGUCGACUCAGUUCAGUCUCUCUCUCUUUUUCUCUCCCUUUAUUUAUCCACAGACAAAGGUUUUUGUUAAACUUUUAUUUUGAUUUAUUUCUUCAUCAAAUCCAUCACAGAUCCUCUGGACUGCGGAGCUCGGCUUUUUUAUCCUCUCAGCGCACGUACCAUGAGCAUCUCACGGCCGGAGACCUGAUCUCGGUCCAGGUCCUGGUCCUGGUCCUGGUCCUGGUGUGGAGGAGGUUUGGAAGAUGCCUCACGGACCGCUCCAUCGGCACCAGUGCGCCACUCCAGGGCAUCUCCGCCGCAGAAUAACCCAGAAAUGCUGAGACUCAGUGCCACAUGGCUGGUGGCCGUGGUGCUGAUCGUCGCGGUCGGCGGCGUCUUCUUCUUCUGCGAGUAUCUCAUCUACUUCCCGACCAUUCUCAAGUGCGCCUGGCCGAAGAUCGGCAACGUCCGCGCCGUAGAGGGCUCGGAGGAGGUGCGAGCCAUGGUGCUGUCGGAUACGCACCUCCUGGGAGCAGUAGGAGGACACUGGUUCGACAAACUGAGGAGGGAAUGGCAGAUGGAGCGAGCCUUCCAGACCGCGCUGUGGCUCCUCAGGCCCCACAUUGUCUUCAUUCUCGGGGACAUUUUCGACGAAGGCAAGUGGAGCUCACAAAAGCACUGGGAGGACGACGUGCGUCGCUUCCACAGGAUGUUCCGACACUCCACUGACACCGAGCUGGUGGUGCUGGUUGGAAACCACGACAUCGGUUUUCAUUACGAGAUGGACUGGUUCAAGCUGCAGCGAUUUGAGAAAGUCUUUAACGCCUCCACCACCAGGAUCGUCACCAAAAAGGGAGUGAACUUCCUGCUGUUGAACAGCGUGGCCCUGCACGGAGACGGCUGUCCCAUCUGCCAGUCUGUGGAGAAGGAGCUGAUCAGACUCUCCAGAGAGCUCAACUGUUCCCUGCAGAGUUCACACUCCUCAGGUGCAGCAAUGGAAGGAUGUAACGGCUCUCAGCUCUACCCUGCCUCUGCUCCAAUCAUGUUACAGCACUACCCUCUGUACAGAGUCAGUGACGCAGGCUGCACAGGACAGGACGCCGCACCGCCUGAAGAGCGACACCUGCUGUUCAGAGAGAAGUAUGACGUGUUGUCCAAGGAGGCAUCACAAAGGCUGCUGCAGUUGUUUAAACCUCGCCUCAUCCUGAGUGGACACACCCACAGUGGGUGUGAGGUUCUUCAUGAGAACAAAUACCCGGAGGUCAGUGUUCCGUCCUUCAGCUGGAGAAACAGGAACAACCCCAGCAUCAUCCUGGCGUCGGUGUCACCCGUCACGUACUCUCUGUCCAAGUGCUUCCUGCCGGAGGAGAGCACGGUGAUCAGUGUGUACUGUUCGGCCGGAGCCUGUCUGCUGCUGCUGUUCCUGGCUCACUGUCUGUGGAUGAAAGGUCUGCUGCAGUGUCUCAGCCUCUGUCUGCUGGGGAAGCACAAGUCUCUGUGAACUCCUGGACCUUACCCACAAUGCAGUGGGUACAAGGCAGUGCUGCUGGACACAGUUGUGAAGUGGCGGUCCUCUGGCAUCAGCGACUGGCAAAUGGUGACUUGAUGUGCAAUAAUGUGUUCAUGGACUCCAUAAAUAAAUAAUGGACUAGCCAUGCGGUUCGGAGGGCAAAGCCUAGGGAGCCACCGGGGGCGACUUUACACACUUUAACGGAACGUUUGUGGGAUAAUAAGACCGCUUUUGAUUCGAUUUAUCAUGAUUCAUGAUCGCAACUGCCUCCUCCAUAGAACAUGUUGGUUUUUUAAAGUUUGACCCCAUUUAGAGGAUAUAGAUUUUUAAGAGUUUAAGGUUUGAAAAUGUCACCAAACUAGUAUUUUAGACUGACCAAAAAACAAACAAACAAAAAAACAGCAGUAACAAAAUUCAGUCACGCCCAACAACAGCACUUUGUGGUGAAGUUCCUGAGCUAAUGAGGAAAAAUAAAUAGUACUGCUAGUAAAAGUAUUUGGAAGGACAAAUAUGUCAGAUGAGAAGAUUUUUAAAAGUGC